GCAAUCUUGUAUCAUGCCAAUGUUCUGUUUACUCACCGAAGGCUCAGUCGCUGGGUCGAAUCGAUCAAAGAUGAUACUACACUACUUCGGUUGGCCCUCUCAAACACCGAGAAAGGCAUAGUAUAGUGAAGUUGGCUCUUGUGUUUUCGGCAGUUCGCGUGCGUUCAAGAGAUAUCCUUCGUGGUCAUAGACAAAUACUCUCCGUUCAACUUCGAGGUUCUCCUCUGGGACGUACGCCUUUGUCCACAGGUCAAGCCCCAUAACAUCUUUCUUUCUCUAUUCCAGCCACAUUUCAAGGGAUACACCAUCAUUUAGCAGUUAUGGCAAAGAAACUUGCUGUUAUAACUGGUGCGACUGGCAACCAGGGUGGAUCCAUCGCUCGUGGGUUGCUCAAGUCUGGUGACUGGCAAAUCCGCGCAGUGACCCGAAACCCGAGCGGAGAGAAGGCCCAAAAGCUUACUGCGGAGGGCAUGGAGGUCGUACAAGGAAGCUAUGAUGAUGAAGAGUCUAUUAGGAAGGCCUUCACGGGCGCGCAAGCCAUCUUCGCAGUGACUCAGUGGUGGGAACCUUUCUUCAAAGGUGCCAGUCAGUCCGAAGCCGGUGAGAUUGAAAAGCGCGAUGGUAUCAUGCUCGCGAGGCUGGCGGCUGAAGUGAAGACUUUGGAGCAUUACAUUUGGAGCACACUUCCUGCGGCAGACGAAAUCACCAAAGGCAAAUUCCCUGUUCCUCACUUCGACUACAAGGCUAAAGUCGACGAUCAUAUCCGGAAGAACAUGCCAGAUCUGGCGGCUAAGACUACCUUCCUCAUGUUUGGCUUCUAUCCGUCCAAUUUUGCCUUCUUCCCUAUGUUGAAGCCACAGCCAGUGGCCAGUGCUCCUGGAAAGUAUGUCUGGAUGGUUCCGUCAACUCCAUCUACCGUUUACCCUAUGGCCGGUGACAUGGCCAAAGACCCAGGUGUUUGGGCGCGCCAAAUCUUGGCGAACCCCAAGUUGACGCACGGUAAAUACGCCGGUGUCUGCACUGAGGUUUUAUCCCUUGGAGAAGCGCUCUCACAAUGGGAAGAAGUCUCAGGCAAGAAAGGUGUAUACGUGGAGGUGAAGCCAGAGGUAGUCGGUAGUUUGUUCGGUCUGGCUGGAGAAGAGGCUGUUACAGGAGUGGUGUUUGGUGAGGCAGUGACGGACUGGUUUGGCCAUGUAAAGGAACAGGGUCUUUUCAUCACUAAGGAGCAGUUGGGUAUCUCGAUGGACGAGGUUUCCAACUUCAAGCAAGCCCUUGAGGCGGUAAAACCAUUCUUGGGCUGAGCAGUAUAUGUACCUUAGACUUUAUAACAAUUUCUCAUCGACAUGGAAUUUAU